UUUUUGGACUUUUGUUCUACUUUACAACAGCAUGACUUCUGAAUGCUAAAUAAUUGCUAAUUGUUUUUCAGCUUCAAAAAAAAGAAAAGAAGUAUUCUGCAGAUAAAUCAAAACAGAGUCAUCCAGAGGAGACAAUGGAAGUGACCCUGAAAACAGAAGUGGAAGCUGGUGCUAGUGGUUUUAGUGUGAUAGGUGGAGGAAAUGAAGGAAUAUUUAUUAAAAGAGUACUGAAAGAGUCUCCUGCUUCAAAAAUAUUUAGCCUGAGAGAAGGUGAUCAGCUUCUAAGUGCUACAAUAUUUUUCGAUAAUAUCAAGUAUGAAGAUGCACUCAAGAUUCUCCAAUAUUCCGAGCCAUACAGAGUCCAAUUCAGCCUCAAAAGAAAAAUUGAUGGGAAAGAAGAGUUAGAACACACUCACUCUACAGCCCAGUACAAAAAGGAAAGAAGAAGCCAGCAAAAAGAACUCAGUGACAGCAUUCCUGAAGAAACACUGCAUGUUUCAGGAAAAGACAUUUCAGAAGAAGACAGGGAAACAUUAAUUGUAAGCCAAAGGGUAGGAAGAAGCAAGAGACCUAAAAAAGAUAGGUUGUCAUGGCCAAAAUUCCAGUCAAUCAAAAAUAAAAAGAUACUGGGGCACAGAAGAUCUCAUAGUACAUCAGAUGCAUAUGAGUCUGCUAUACAGGAUAUUUCCCCUACAAGCACAGACACAGAGUCUCAAUUUCAACAAGAAGUCCACAUCAGAGAAAAAAAAGGAAGCCAAAAGAAACUGAAGUUCCCAAGCAUUGGAUUCAAAAUGCACAGAUCCAAACCAGAACCUCAGGACAGCCCCAAGGAGCCCCAAGUGACGGUGGCCUCGGGAAGCGCCGAGGUGGAUGUAGCCUGCCUGCGGCUGAUAUUGAAGAAGUCAGUGUGGAGAGGGGUGAGCUCAGUAGGCAUGGGUCGGAGGAGAGGGUCAGCCUGCCAAGGCGAGGCCUCACUGCCCAAGGUUGAGGCCGAACUCCCGGAGGGCGAAGCCGCCGUGCAGGGUCCUGACGCCGAAAGCGGCCUGGAGGUGGCUGCCGGCAAAGGUGAGAGCAGCGGCAUGAAAAUACACAUGCCGAAAGUCAAGGUGCCCAGCGUGGUCUUCUCCAAGCCGACCGUCAAGGCUCCCAGACUGGACGUAGACGUCUCACUGGACAAAGUUGACGUCAGCCUCCCGGAGACUGACCUCAAGGCUGGCGACAUCAGCGUCACGGCCACCGACAUCAAGCUGUCCCCUGUGGAAGGCUCUGUUGAGCUCCAGGCGCCUGACAUAGACCUCAAAGCACCCUCUGCCCAAGGCUCCCUCGACGUGGCCGAGCUGGAAACCACAGGCCUGAAAGGGAAGUUAAAGAUGCCCAAGUUCGACAAGCCCAAAUUCGGAGUGUCGCCCCCCAAGGCGGAGGCGCUCGAAGGCCAGGUCAGCCUGCCCACCGCACAGGUCGAGCUCCCGUCCGCCAGCGUGACGGCCGCAGGGGAGGGCACCGCGCUGGGCCUCAAAGCCGACAUCCCCAGCGGCAAAAGCGAAGGGGCCGGCUGGAAGCUGGAGAAACCCUCCCUCAAAAUGCCCAAAGCAGACAUCAAAGCUCCCAAGGCAGCCCUCAGCGUCGAAGGAGAAGCCAAAGCCCCAGAGAAGGAGGCUGUGAAGACCAAGGACGGCAAGUUCAAGAUGCCCAAGUUCGGCAUGCCGUCCUUUGGCUGGUCCAGCAGCAGAGAGGCCAAGGGCACCGUGGCCGCUGACAUGGACGUCAGCCCCAAGGAGCCCCAAGUGACGGUGGCCUCGGGAAGCGCCGAGGUGGAUGUGAGCCUGCCUGCGGCUGAGAUCCAAGCGCCCGGUGUGGAGGUGACAGUCGAGACGGGCGCCGGAGGAGAGGGUGAGAAAGGCCGAUUUAAGAUGCCUGACGUCAAGAUGCCCAGCGUCAAGCUGCCCAAAGUCAAAGCUCCCCACGUGCAGGUCAGCCUGCCAAAGGGCGAGGCCUCACUGCCCAAGGUUGAGGCCGAACUCCCGGAGGGCGAAGCCGCCGUGCAGGGUCCUGACGCCGAAAGCGGCCUGGAGGUGGCUGCCGGCAAAGGUGAGAGCAGCGGCAUGAAAAUACACAUGCCGAAAGUCAAGGUGCCCAGCGUGGUCUUCUCCAAGCCGACCGUCAAGGCUCCCAGACUGGACGUAGACGUCUCACUGGACAAAGUUGACGUCAGCCUCCCGGAGACUGACCUCAAGGCUGGCGACAUCAGCGUCACGGCCGCCGACAACAAGCUGCCCUCCCUGGAAGGCUCUGUUGAGCUCCAGGCGCCUGACAUAGACCUCAAAGCACCCUCUGCCCAAGGCUCCCUCGACGUGGCCGAGCUGGAAACCACAGGCCUGAAAGGGAAGUUAAAGAUGCCCAAGUUCGACAAGCCCAAAUUCAGAGUGUCGCCCCCCAAGGCGGAGGCGCUCGAAGGCCAGGCUCAGCCUGCCCACCGCACAGGUCGAGCUCCCCCCGUGAGCGUGACGGCCCGCAGGGGGGAGGGCACCGCGCUGGGCCUCAAAGCCGACAUCCCCAGCGGCAAAAGCGAAGGGGCCGGCUGGAAGCUGGAGAAACCCUCCCUCAAAAUGCCCAAAGCAGACAUCAAAGCUCCCAAGGUGGACAUCAGCCUCCCAUCUGUCGAUGUCACCCUUCCAAAGGCCAGCGUUGAGCUGCAGGCACCCGAGGCAGCCCUCAGCGUCGAAGGAGAAGCCAAAGCCCCAGAGAAGGAGGCUGUGAAGACCAAGGACGGCAAGUUCAAGAUGCCCAAGUUCGGCAUGCCGUCCUUUGGCUGGUCCAGCAGCAGAGAGGCCAAGGGCACCGUGGCCGCUGACGUGGACGUCAGCCUCAAGGAGCCCCAAGUGACUGUGUCCUCGGGAAGCACUGAGGUCGACAUGAGCCUGCCCGCAGCCGAGAUUCAUGCAUCUCCUUUUGAACUUUAUGUAGAUUCCUCUGCUGGAAAACAGGGUGAUUUGGUUCCUGUCUUGGGUUUCUCCAAAGUCGAUACUGGUUCUUCCAAGUAUGAGCAGGAUUCCCCAUUACCAAAAUGUGAUAUUACUCUUACUAAAUAUCAAAUGAAUCUAGCAGAAUCUGAGUCCAAAAUAUCAUCUCUUGCUAAUGAGAAUAUUUCAGGUACAGAUUUUGAAAGUUUAAAUGAAAAUGCUUCUUUGGAGCAAGGAAGUGGGAAGCCAGGAUGUAAACUCCCACCUGCUGAAAUACCUGUAGAUGACACAGAGUUUACAGUUAAAAUUCCUAAAUUCCGAAAACCAAAAUUUGGAUUUUCUUUGUCCAUGGGAAAACCAUCAGUAAGUGACAUUGGUUCCAAAGUGGAAUCUGAGAUUUCCAGGGAAAGGACAACACCUGAUACAGCUGAUAUUGACAAACUAACUCAGAUCACUGAUGCUGAGUUUGGCGUAAAGAUGCACAAGCCUUCACCUGAAAUUGUUCUGGAUGCUCCCAGGUUGGAUGUCAGUCUCCCAUCAGUGGAAGUUAGAAUGCCAAAUCUAGAAGUGGAAACCCAUGGCCCAGAUUUAGAAUGCAAGGCAGAACAGGAAUUAUUUUCAGGAGAGAUGGACACUGAGGAAAAAGAAAACAAAGUUAAAAAGUCAAAAUUCAAACUCCCGUCAUUUAGUUGGUCACCAAAGAAAGAAGCUGUUGCUCCUUCUGAAGUGGAGGGACAUCUGCAAGAACCAACUUUGUCUACUCUGUCUCGAGACACAGAAUGUGAAUUAAUAUUUCUUACACCUGAGAAUCAAAACCUUCAUGUAGAAUUUGAUACAUCAACAGAAAAAGAUGGUGGAAAGGGCAGAAUCAAGAAGUCUCAGUUUACCAUGCCAAAGAUCUCAUUCCCUAAAAUUAAAGGUCAGAAAGUCCAGGUGUCUCUGCCUGUACUGGAAACUGAUACUUGUGGUCCCAAACAAGAGAAAAAAGGUGUUUCAGUACAGGAAUCCGAGAAAGGGAGUAGUGUAGAAGGGGCAGAAAUGGAGAUAAAAAUGACAAAAAUUACAGUCCCAACUUCAGAAUUUUCCAAAGCAGAAAUCAGAGCUUCCAAUGUAGAGAUGGGUAUGCCUACAGGUGAGGUCAUACUUCCUACAUGUGAAGAAAAUGACCUGACAUUGAAAUCAGGCACUGCUAAUGCCAGCCUCUCCCCCUCAGAUAUUAAGAUGACAGCUGAAGGCUCCCUUGAGGUGAAGAGUCUUGACACAAUUGUUGAAAGAACAUCAAGCGAAAUUGCUAUGGAUGAUGUAGAAAUAAAAAUUGAAGCUGCUGAAGGGAGAACAAAAAUGUCUAAAUUCCAAAUGCCAAAAUUUGGAAUUACAGAUUCUAAAGGGAAAGGGUCAGAAAAGGAGGUCAGAAAAUCCAAAUCAGAUGUCAAGGUUCCUGAGCUAAAAACAAUGGUAGAGAUAGCUGACAUUGCUGCUGAAGCACCAAAAUGGGAGGUGGAAUGUGGUACAGGAACAGAAACUUACACCCCUGAAGUCAAAAUGACCAAAGCUGACAAUAGGGCAUCAGAGGCUGACAUUUCUAUUCCAAAACCAGACACUGAUAUUGAGGAUUCAGAUGCAAUACUAAAAAUUAAAGGGGAGAGAAAGCAAGAUGGAGAUGGAGAAGGAGGACAUUUCAAAAUGCCAAAAUUCAAACUUCCAUCCUUUAGUUGGUCACCAAAGAAAGAAGCAAGUGUUAAACCGGGUUCUGGAGUGAAUUUGGAAGAUCAUAGACUUGCUGCAAUGUCAAGCAGAAUAGACAGAGAAGUGAGGGAAACUGCAACUGAUGAUCAGGGUAGUGGGCCAGACUUUGAUCUGGAAAUAUCUGUAGGAAAAGCUGAACAGAAAAGUCCAAGUAAAAAGCCUCAAUUUGUCAUGCCUAAAAUUUCACUCUCCAAGAUCAAGGUUUCCAAACCUCAGACUCGUUCAUCAAAAGUUGAAGCUGACACUACUAUUCUUGAAACAGAGAGAGAGGGUGAUGUUUCAGUACAGAUACCUGAUAUAGAAAGAAGUGAUUUUGAAAGGACAGAAGAAGGGACACAAAUAAGCAUAAAACCAUCUGAUGUUAAGAUCCCCACUCUGGACUUUUCAAAAACAGAAACUGGAGCCUCCCAAACUGAAAUGAGAGUCAGCUCAGCAAAGAUCGGUGCUGCUCUGCCUCCUUCAGAGGGGAGUUUUCAUCAGCUUGUCUUAAAAUCAAGUCCUACCAAUGAAGAUACCAUUCAGAAAACAGGUAUUAAGUUCACUAAAGGAGAAAUUUCAAUUGAACCGAGGAGCCCUGAAAUAAUAACAGAAAAGUCAUUAGUUGUGGAUGGAAGAAAGAUUAAUUUGGAAGGUGCUGAAGGGAAGAUUAAAAUGCCCAAAUUUCAGAAGCCAAAAUUUGGAAUUCUCCUAACAAAAGGGAAAGGCUCAGAGACAGAAAUCAACUCUCCAAAAAUAGAAGCUGAGCUACCCCAGCUAAAAAUUACAAAGGAAACUGCUGACACUGCUGUGGGAGUUCCAGUAUCAGAACUUACAUCUGAUAUGUCAGAUCCUGGGGUAGGUGUUUGUAAGAUAAAAACACCCCAAAUUCUGACAGCUGGCAUUGAAGCUCCAAAGGUAGGUGUAAACCUCCAGUCAGUGUCUAAACCAAUGACAGAGGGAGCUGUUGAGAGCCUUGAGGAGAAAUAUAUCAAAUUAAAAGAAGAAUAUGAUAGAAAAGCUGAAGAAGGUCAGACUGAAGAACAUCAGGGAUGGUUUAAAAUGCCAAAAUUCAGAAUACCUGCAUUUGGCAGGACAUCCUUAAAGGAAAAGAAAGGUGAUGCUUAUAUCGAAAGGUGUAUGGAAGAAGCUCAGACAGGCAUUCCCUCUGCCAAAGUACAAACUGAAAUGAGGAUUCCUGAAAAUACAUUCUCAUUACCACAUGCAGUCACUGAAAUUACUAUUGGAAAAGAAGAGAUUCUAAAAUUAGGAGAUUCUGUGAAGAGUUCUGAUGUUAGCUUGGCGAAGAUGGAAGGAGAUAUUUUGUUGUCCACAGAAAGAGCAGACAGCACAGUGAAUAUUCCAAAAACUGAAACUUAUGCAGAUAUAGUUAAGCACAGUGCUGAAGGACAAAAAAUGCAUACUUCAGAACUCACGGUAUCUCCAGCAGAAUUUGAUAAAGAUAACAGUUUAACAGCUAGGUUUUCUACAUGUACUCUGACUUUUCAAGAGCAUAAAAUCAAAUCACAGGAUGUAGAAGUCCCAAAGGCAAAAAGUUCCUCUAAGUUAGAGACUUCAGGAACAGGAUGUUCAUCAUCAGCUGAAAUUACUCUGGAUGCAACACAAGAGAAAAUAGAUGUUAGUCUUCCAAAGGAAGAGCUGGAUAUUCAAAAUCAAGAGGCAGUAAUUAAACAAGGAAAGAUAAAGGGUGAGAUGAAAAUUACAGGAAAAGACAGUGAAGGAAGCCAACUGAAAAAGCCUAUGAGUGAGUGGUCUACAGCAAAGGGAUCAGAAGAUGGUGCUUAUGUUACAGCUAAGCUGGAAGAUCUAAUGGUAGAAGUUCCAGUAGUGAAGAUGGACGUUAAAUUUGCUAGAGUAGAUCCUGAAAUGAAAUUUCAAGUGGAAAGUAUUGAAAAGGACAUGUCUGCGGAAGGGCAAGUGCAAGUAGAAAAUAAAGCAGAAACAAGUAAAAUUAAAACAUACAAGUUUAAGUUUCCAAAGUUUGCAGUGUUGCAUUCAGAAGUCAAGGGUUUUGAAGAUGAUAUCAAUUUGCCAAAGUCAGAAGCUGAUUCAGUAUCUAAAGCUGAAAUAGGCACAGCAGAGAUGCAGUUUCAAAAAUUAGAAAAAUCUAUUGGCCUGAAAAGUCCAUCUCUAGAUCACAUGGAAGCAUCUACCAGAAUAACAGUAGACAAAUCACAAGAUGACCCAGAAGUAAAUACAAAAAUUCCAAAACUAAAAAUACCAAGGUUUACUUUCAAAGCUCUCCCAUUUGAAGCUGAUGUUUCAGUGUCAAAACUGGUAACAGAUCCAAAGGGAUCUAGUACUGACAUUGAAGUAGUGCAACUGCGAGAAAACUCUGCUAUCCCUGAAGAAACACCAGUGGCUCUAGAGGGUAGUGUUCAAAAAGCAAAAAGCAAAAUCCUAACACUAACAGAACCUGACAUUAAAACAGCACAGAAGACUAUUACCAUAGGGUCCUCCCUUCAAAACACAGGGCAAGACAUUCACUGGUCAUAUGUAGAGGGCCAAGAAGUGAGUGAGAAAGUAGAACCUGAACAUGUUACUAUUGAAAGAUGUGAGAUUUAUACUACUGAAAUAGUGAAAGAAUCAGAGAUUCUCUCAUCAGAAGUCAAAACUCCUGCUUUGGGAUUCUCAUUGCUCAAGGUGAAGUUGCCUGAAUCACAUAGCAAUUUAGAAGUGCUAGUCCAGCAGCCAUCUCCAACAGAGGGUGUGUCAGUGUACGCACCUAAAUAUGCUGAUGAAAGUUUUGGAGGAGCAGCACAGAGGACUGGCAGUGCUGAGCUUAAACUGUCUGACAAUCUACACAGUGAGACUGAAGAAUCUAUUGGAGAAGUAAGUUUGCCAAAGUUAAAAACAUCUGCUGUUGAAGUAAAGCCUUCCAGUAAACUUGAAGAGAGUCUUCCUGGUAAAUCACUGCAGGGAAUAACUGCAGAUCCUCUCUCUAAAGAUGAGGAUGUAGCUGAAGCACUAGAAGAUGAAGAAAAAGACAUAUCCAAUGGAAAAGAAAAGACUGAUACUAAAAGAUCUCCUGGAAGAUUCAAAUUUUGGCUUCCAAGUAUUGGCUUUUCAUCUUCUGGUGAUGAAACUAGCGCAGAUUCAAAAACAGAAGUAAAAAAGUCAGUUCCAGAAGAAAUGAAACCUGUUGACACAUCAGGUCAGGAUUCUUCUAAGCAAACUGAAAAAACUGGAUGGUUUAGAUUUCCCAAGCUUGGUUUCACAUCUCCUUCCAGAAAGGCUAAAACCAUUGACAAAGAAGAGAUGGGUCAUGGAGAGGGAAGAAUCUCAGAUGAAGAUAGCCCAUCAGAUAAACCUGAUGUAUUUUUUGAUGCACAAGAAAGCUUAUCACCUAAAGGUACAACAGAGGGUGAAACAGUUGAAGGUGAUGUGCUCUCAUCUAAUGUUCCAGUUUCUCGAACUAUCGUGACAUCUUCAGCAAGAACUGAACUAAUCUUGUUGGAAGAAGAAAAAGAUAGUCGAUCUAAUAUUCCUGGAGAUAAAACCAAAUGAAUAUUGUAUUUUCUCAAUUCUCAGUGAAAAUAAAAUAAUCUACAUGUACAGACAAGAAUGUUUUCUUAAUUUUUUAGUAACUGAAAAUUAAACAAAACCUAAAACAUUUUCAUGAUUAUGUUUAGAUUAUAGAUUACUUCCAAAAUGGAAUAUAACCUAGUACUAUGAGAAGUACACUUACCUGUUUAGAUUUUGGACCUUUCUGACCUACUUUUGCUUUCUUAUUAAAAUAUUUUUCUUUAUUUCAGCUAAGGUAAUAUACAUAUAUCCCAUGAACAUUUUAAAAUGCAAAAUGAAAACAAAACACUAGUGUAGACAGACUAACUAACGCUUUACCUCUUCCUCUCUUCUCAUUUUUUCAUUAUUGUGAUAGGUCAUAUUUAGCCUUAAAAGAAUUUUAAAAGAAAACCAGAAUAAAUUCAAGACCAAAAACCAUGUAACUAACUCACAUUUUUAAGAUACCAAAAAAACCAACCACAUUCUGACAAAGAAUAAUUAUUGAAAUGUGAACAAAUAAAUUGUUAUGUAUAUAUUUACUGAAUACUUAAAUACACAGAAUGAUCUGCCACAGUGGUGGAAUUGCUUUAAAGAUUUCUGGGAAAGGAGAUGUAUAUAAUUAUUUGCUUCUCUGUUUAUAUUAGUGCUUCUCUCAAGUUCACAACAGAAAACAAAGUGCAUAUGUGACAGCCUUCACGUGUAUCAUUAAAACACUGUCUGUAUUCUUAAUUCACAAUAAACUCACCAUAUGAAUAAUAA